UCUCUCUCUCUCUCUCUCUCUCCCCCUCUCUCUCCAUCCUGCAUUUAAUGCUGGUCCACCUCCUCCUUGCGUUCCUACGGCGAUGCUCUGGGACAGCCGAGCCGGAUCAUUUUGCCGUCGCAGUGCCGGAGCGCGGAGCAGUGAAGCUGUGACGCUGUGACGGAUCCGCCGAUCACAUUUUUGUUGUUGUUGUUGUUGUUGUUGUUUUUUUGUUGUUUGGAAUUUUCAUUGACUUAAAACAUGACGUCAGCUCGUGCCUGCUCUUCAACUUCACACGUCGUCUCGUGACCGCGGACUUUUCAGAGAUCACAGAGCAUCAUUUCGGAUCUUCGAAGGAAGUUGGAUGAAGUUCCACCGAACCCAAACUCGUCCGUCGGCUGUGAUUUGUGCGGGUGUUUCCACUGCUCCGUCAGUCUGACAGACGUCCGGACGCUUCACGGACACCAAAGUCAUCGUGAACACCUGUACUGAUUGAAACCCCCACCUCCCCUCUCCUCCUCCACCACGCCGAGAUGAACGAGGGGGUGCCGGAGGCUGAGGAGCAGGAGGCGGAAGUGCAGCAACGUGAGGAAGGGCAGGGAGAGCAGAUGCCCCAACAGGACCAAGAAGAAGAGGAGGAGGUAAAGUCUGAAGAGGUGCGGCAGAAAGAGGAGGAGCAAAAUGAGGAAGAGGUGCAGCAGGAGGAGGUGUGCGCUGAGCAGCCACAGCAGACUGUGCAGAUGCAACAGGAGGAGGAGGGGGUGCAGCACAGCGAGUUGAUACAGCAGGAGGAGGUGCAGCAGGGUGGGCCAGUACAGCAGGAGGAGGUGCAGCAGAGUGAGGUGCUACAGCAAGAGGAGGUGCAGCAGAGUGGGUUUAUACUGCAAGAGGAGGUGCAGCCGACUGAACAGGAGCAGAUGGAGGAGGAGCAACAGAUUGAGGAGCUGCAGCAGACGGAGGAGGAGGAGGAGGAGCAGCAGCAGCAGACAGAGGAGCAGCAGCAUCAGCCUGAGCAGGAGCAGCAGUUUGAGGAAGAGCCGCAGCGGAUUGAAGAGGUGCAGGUCGAGGAGGUGCAGGACUUUGACUACGCGGAGCAGAACCACAACGACCAGGUCCUGAUCCGACUGAGAGAGAUGCAGAAAUAUAAAAGUGCAUCGCAGAGGCUGAAGGGGGUCCUGGAGCAGAUGGACCGGGGCGUCGUGGACCUGCAGGAACUCCGCAGGAACCUGGAGCUCGCCGCUGCCAUGUUGGACACUGUUUACACCGACGAGACCAAGCGUCUUUUGGACACCGAGGACGAGCUCAGCGACUUGCAGGCAGAGUCGGUGCCCAGCGAAGUGCGGGAUUGGCUGGCGUGCACCUUCACCAGGAAGAUGGGCGUGGCCAAGCGUCGCCCCGAGGAGAAGCCGAGAUUCAGGACCAUCGUCCAUGCAGUGCAAGCUGGGAUAUUUGUAGAAAGGAUGUACAGACGGACGUCCAACAUGGCUGGUCUGACCUACCCUCCCACGGCUCUGACAGCUCUGAAGGAAAUGGAUCACUGGUCGUUUGAUGUGUUUUCCUUCCACGAGGGCACCGGGGACCACGCCCUCAAGUUCCUGGUCUACGACCUUCUGACCCGCUAUGACCUCAUCAACAGGUUCAGGAUCCCGCUGCAGGCUCUGGUGCAGUUUGUUGAGGCUCUGGAGAGCGGCUACAGCAAACACAAGAACCCCUACCACAACCUGAUCCACGCCGCCGAUGUCACUCAGACCGCCCACUUCCUGAUGCUGCACACCGGGCUGAUGCACUGGCUCAGCGAGCUUGAGAUCCUCGCGAUGGUUUUUGCGGCUGCGAUUCACGACUUUGAACACACGGGAACCACCAACAACUUCCACAUCCACGCCAGGUCCGAGGUGGCCAUCCUGUACAACGACAGGUCGGUGCUGGAGAACCAUCACGUCAGCGCCGCCUACCGGCUGAUGGCAGAGGAGGACAUGAACAUCCUGGUCAACCUGAACAAGGACGACUGGAGGGAGCUGAGGGCUCUGGUGAUAGAGAUGGUGAUGUCCACAGACAUGUCCUGUCACUUCCAGCAGAUCAAGACCAUGAGGAACACCCUGACGCAGACACACGGUCUGGACAAAGUGAAGGUUUUGUCUCUGAUGCUUCACGCCGCAGACAUCAGUCACCCGGCCAAAGCCUGGCCGCUGCACUACCGCUGGACUCACAGUCUGAUGGAGGAGUUCUUCAGACAGGGAGACAAAGAGGUGCAACUCGGCCUUCCUUUCUCUCCUCUCUGUGACCGCAAAGCCACGAUGAUCGCCCAAUCACAGAUAGGUUUCAUAGACUUCAUCGUGGAGCCGACUUUCAGCGUCCUGAUCGACACAACGGAGAAAGUGAUCGGUCCUCUGAUAGAAGAGGACCGGAAGGCCAAAGAGACUGGAAACAGGAAGUCCAGUCUAACAGGAAGUGGUUCGGUGACCGUCGAGUCGGUGCAGAGACACAGUAGCGGUCGCUAUGGGAACAGCAAUGACGGACAGAUGGACUUUUCCCUGACAGCCAUCGACCUGCCGGCUCUGAAGAGCCACCUCACCGGUGUCAUCGGCAGUAACAAGGACAGGUGGAAAGAGCUGUCUGUGCACGAGCUGGCCAACAGGGAGCAGGAGAAGCGAGAGGAACAAGAAGAAGUGGAGUCUAAUGUCAACUCGGACGUGCCCAGUCACAGCGUCCCGCUGGCACACGCCUCUGACCAAUCACAGAGCUCAGAGGGGCCCCCUCCUGACGAACCUCAGGACGACAAGUCGCCCGUUCACCUGUCCUGGAACGGGGCGGGGCCAGGAGAGGAAAAGGCGGCGGACCAAGAUGAAGUGCCUGAAAACGCCUGAUGGCGCUCCGCGGCGAACUCACCGCUGUAGCUGACUGUGGCAGAUGUGCAGUGAGGACAGGGGUUCGGACUUUGUGUUUAGACGCAGCAGCUGGCUCAGUGGCCCCCCCUCGGUGGACCCUCAAAGGGCCACCAGACCUUAUGUUUACAACCGACAAUGAACAUGCUACAUUCAAAGUGACGGCCGUUCAUCACGUAACAGAUUCUUAGCAGCGUCAUCGCCCAUUCGCUGUGUUAUGUGAAAUUAUUAGGGGCUCCGAGGAGCUUUGAAUUGGAAGAGAUGACUUCGGCAGGCUAAACAUCUGUUACCUGGAGGAACGACGCAUGCAGCUGUUAGGACGCUGUUGUGAAGGUUUUUUACUUUACCUACUUUUUACACUGAAUUCAAGUGCAAAGUGCAAGAUUUCUGCUCAGUUGUCUGUUCUGGGUUCAAAAAAUCCACCGCGCCGUGCUUCUGGCCACGCCCCGAUAUGUGAUGUCAUAGCCGAGUGGUCGUCAGCCACAGUAGCUGUCCAGACUGAGAUAUGUCUCAAUGACCGGCUUGUAACACUCAUAGAUCCCAGAAGUCUUAUUCCUCCUUUAGAGCCACGAGAGCUUGUUCGUUUUGCUGUUCUGAGGGAAAUUUCUUAAGAACCGUGUUACAUUUAGUCUAAUAAUGACGUUCCCAUCAGUUUUAGCCGUACUUUGAAGAAAAAGUACAGCUGAGUAGCAGUCGGCUUAAGGUAUUUUUGGGGCCCACGGCGGCACGUGGCCCUUCCAAGCCCCCCCGGGGGCUCGACUGCUUAAGUUCAUUGUUGCAUCCUGAAUUAUGACUCUUUUCUGACACAGUGAAUUUGAAAGAAAAUCAAAAGGACUCUUUUCUCUUACUAUAGAACACGCCCAGCUAACCCACCCAUCAUAUCACCAUACUUGACAUCUCAUUUCAUUACUGAUGAAAUUAAAACGAUGUGACAGAAGUUCAUUCUUCUCACAUGUAUCCUCCUACAACAACGUGAUGGACGGACAUAACAUUGGAAGUAUUUAAAUCCCUCAUCUGAAUAUUCCUUUCCCGUGUAUUUCAUGUUAUAACUGCCACUUUACUGUGACUUUAAAAGACGUAUUUGUUAUCCAGUAAUUAUAAUGUCAAGCAGACCUGUACCUCCUGUGACAUCACUGAUUGGGGGCGUGGCCAGGUGGUUGAACCCACAGCGGCAGUCAGACAGAUCACCUGGGACCGAUUUUAAAGGAAGUUCUUUUUUAAACCAUGGGUUGUCUUGUACUUCAGGUUAAUAUGCCCAUAGGCUAUCGUAACAGUGUACUCUCCACCGUCUUUGUAGAAACCGCAGUGGACACAAGCACAUAAGUGAAAGCAGAUUCAAAUUGUCAGAAAAAAAAACACAGAAUGUUCCUUUGAAUGGAAGGAAGGUCAGAGACCAGACAGCUUCUGUUGCUUCUGUACUCUGUAUUAAAACCACGUAACCGCCACUUCUCCCGGCUGUGAAUAAAGGACAGUGCUGUCCAUGACAUCCCCCCCCACCCCCCCGGGACAAUAAAACACCGGUUUCUAUAGCAACGGCCCACGAACCGAAGGGUGGGGCCAACAUGGCCGACAGUGGAAACUCUUUAGGUCCUCUGAGCACUGUGUUCGUUAAUGCAAUGUGUGCUAUAGUCGUUGUGUACUCCGCCUCUGCGCGUGUGUGUGAGAGUGUGUGUGUGAGAGUGAAUGUGUGCUGUGUAUACUGUACAGCUGUUUUCUGUAUUAUUGUAUUAAACAUUCAGAGCUCCA